CAAAAUGGCGGAAGAUUUAGCUCUCUUUAGUCAAAGUCUCUUGGAGUUAUCUCUUAAUACUGACGUGUCAUAGCGAUCUUGUGUAAAUAUUGAUUUUUAGAUCGCUGAUUUCUUGAUCGUGUUCAUCAGAAAAAAACACCUUUCGUCGAGGAGAUGCCUCACGGUCACAGUGUACUCAUAGUUCUCCUGCUUCUUUGUCAAAUCCUGGGCUUGAUAUUGUUUCUAAGAGGCUUCUUUCCGCUUAAGAAAGCUAUAGAUGGAAGAGCAACUAACGAGAAUCUUCCACCUGAGCCAUCAUUCGAAGGGAAAGGAGAUCUUUUACCUCCGAAAUUUGGAAGAGUGGUCAUCAUGUUGAUAGAUGCACUGAGAGCAGAUUUUGUUUACAGUGAGCAGAUAAGGAUGCCUUUUACGCAAGAACUGAUCAGUCUAAAUAAAUCAUUCAGUUUCAUGGCAAAGGCACAUCCACCAACUGUCACUAUGCCAAGAAUUAAGGCACUCACAACAGGUGGCAUACCAGGAUUUAUUGAUGUUGUUCUCAAUUUGGACUCAAGUUCUUUACAAGAAGACAGUUUGAUCAGUCAGAUGAAGUUUGCAGAUAAGAAGCUUGUUUUUUAUGGUGACGAUACCUGGAUGAAGCUGUUUCCCGGACACUUUGAAAGAACUGAUGGAACCACGUCAUUUUUUGUGACUGAUUAUACAGAGGUAGAUAACAAUGUUACAAGACACAUUGGUAAAGAGUUGAGAAGCAAUGACUGGGAUGUUAUGAUUCUUCAUUACCUGGGCCUUGAUCAUAUAGGACAUAUUGCAGGACCUUCAAGUCCCCUAGUUGGACCAAAACUCUUAGAAAUGGACCAAGUUGUAAGUGAUAUCUACAAUGAAAUGCUCCAUUGGCAUCAACAAAGAAAGGCACCAUCAUUAUUGGUGCUGUGCGGUGAUCAUGGAAUGAGUGAGGUAGGCAGUCAUGGUGGAGCAUCUUUGGCAGAGACAAACACACCCCUUGUGUUUAUGAGCCCAUUAUUUGAGAAUGGUGGAGGUGAAGAGUUUUCAAAGAAACAAGUUCAACAAAUUGAUCUUGUUCCAACCUUGAGUCUUCUCCUGGGGCUUCCUGUACCUCAAAACAGCUUAGGAAUCCUUCUUCCCGAACUAUUCGGUUCCCAUAGUGCAAGAGAAAAGCUACGAGCAAUGCAGCUUAAUUCACACCAACUAUCUCAAGUGCUCAUCACAAAUGGGCAUUCUGUUGACAACAUGUGGGAACCUCAACACGCCCACAAGCUGCACUCUGAUUGGCUGAAAUCAGCAGAGGUUGACCUGAGUACUACAAGAAACCAGAUUACCUCAGCAACUAAGGUUGCUAAGCAGUACAUCCUGGCACUUCAGAAAAUGAGUGGUCAUGUGACAGCCUCUCUUUCAAACUACGACCUACAUGCUAUGAUUUACGGCAUAGCUAUUCUUUUUCAAACUCUAUACUGGUUCGUCUGUGGUUUGCUUCAACUUUCGUUUGACAUGAAGACAAGAGAUGAGAUGAAUUUUUCAGCAACAACUGUUAUUGUUGUGAGCGGCGCUGUUCUACUUGUUGCAGUUCUUCAUCUCUCUACUUGCUCCAGCACAGUGUUUGGUGGAAGCGACAUUUUGUGUUCAGUAACUAGCCUGGAAUCUAUCGUUCUCUCUUCUAUAUUUGCAUUGCUAUCAGGAGUCACACUUGGAUCUGUUCUGAUUGGUCUUUUUCAUCAUUUUUCAAGCUCUCAGCCUUUUUUCUGGGUGGUUAUAUCAGCCCUUUCAUCACUUUUUCAAAAUAAGACUUGCUGCUUUCUUGUCAUAGGAGUUUUCCUCCAUGUUGUCAGUCUCCCUUCGAGUAGUUUUGUAGAAGAAGAACAUCAAACUUGGUACCUUUUGACGUCUACUUUGUUCGUUAUCAUUUUUCUUGAGAAAAUCACAUCUUGUAAGCAUCUCAAUGAAACAGAACUUCACCAUCGUUUGGUGAUAAAGGACGAGGACUCAGGCAAUAACAAGACACACAAAUGUGGGAAAGGAAAGUCUUUUGAGCUUUACAGUAAACUUGGUGACGCUAGUUCUCACAAAAAUUCUCACCAUUCCACAAUAAGUAGACAUAACGCGGAUGGGCUUUGCUUGACGAGUCUAGACGUUGAUAGGAUAAGGACUAGAACUGAAAAUGCAAUCUCGAACCAAGAUCUUUCUCAGUCAGUUUCAACUUCAACGGGAUCUGGGAAUCACAUAAAUGAAAAAAGAGCUUUGGGACUGGAAGUCAUGACGUCCAAGAAGGGAGUUUUGUGGAAACUUCUGCUAUGUUUUGUACUUCUUGUUUUAGGAAGAUUGUCAAGGAGCUGGAACCAAACUGGAAUAAAAUGGGCAGAUAGACCUGAUAUUGGAGACUGGCUUGUGAAGCCUUACAACCGAAAAGUGUUGUCUUUAAGUUAUUUUGUAUCGCUUCUCUUCAUCGUAGGAUUUCGCUACAACUGUCAAAAUGUGCUAAUCACCCUUGUCUUUGUUGUCGGUGUUGUGAGCGCUUACGUAUAUCGGACUGUCACAGGAAGUCUUCAGUUACCAUGGAUACCGAAUGAACCUAUCACGAAGGGGGUCCCAGCAGCACGAUUGACGUAUUGUUGCGUGGCAAUAAUAGCAAUAGGGAAUGUUAUUAAUUUAUGUAGGAGAAAGAGAAACAGCGAUAAGAAAAAGACUUUCCAGGAAUAUAAUUUUGACGUCUGUGGAUCGUUAGAAGGGAUUCAAUCAGCUUUACUAUUGUUAGAAAUUCUCCUUCAGAGGCCUCACAACGCACCACUUUUAGCGGUCUUUGUGGUUCAAGAACAUAUCUUGAGGAAAUUGCUCUGGAAAAGUCAGGAGAACACAUGGCUUAUUGUACUCAGCUCUUUGUGGAUGGGACACGCUAUGUACUUUUCCUUGGGAAACUCCAACAGCCUUGCGUCGGUGGAUAUAUCAGCUGGCUAUGUGGGAUUAGAGGACCAUAUACCUGUUAUUGUGGGGCCCUUAACAUUUGUAGCUACUUACUGUGGGCUUUUACUUUGGCUAAUGGCAGCAGUGUUGUCUAUUGUGAGAAACGCUCGAGAUGUUAAGAGGUUACAGUAUUCUCUCCAUCAAGUGUGUUACGUUAUCUCACUCUGCCAGGCUCUGAUCCUCUGUGCCUACUGUACGUUGGUAUUUGUUCAGCGGUAUCAUCUGUUUGUUUGGAGUGUCUUCUCACCAAAGUUGCUGUACGAAGCGAUGAAGACUCUUUUGUUAACUUUAUGUGUUAUUGUUGUACUUUGCUUGAUGACUUUAGUCGGGAGAACGAAAAUAAUUUAUUCAGAGAAACCUGAUUAAAGUCAUUGUGUCAGGAAGGUAACAUAUUUUUACACUAUGAGGCAAAAACUAAUAUUUAAUGAUAAACGGCGGAUUUCCAAUGGAUUCUAGGGAUUUUGUUAUCUUUUAUUUCGAAGUGCAUACGUUCGCACAUGUGUUAAUCCACUUUUGAAUACUUGAAACAGAUUAAUCGUCAUUUCCACUCAAGCGGUAUGACUAAGCGACGGAUAAAUACAUGUUUUUAUUCGUAUGGUAAUGGUAGUACUUCGCACUAGCAAUCAGUCUGGAAUUUGCAUAAAGACCUGUCCUAGAUUGUAUUUACGGUUAGUGUGUAAUCAUGAGAACUACCAAUAAAGGGCUUUGUUUUUUUUAAGAAAACGCGACUGAUCUUUCAAAAGAAUUAAUAAGAUGAGCUUAAACAAACUAAAAGCAAUCAGAAUGAGCUGUCACACCUUUGUCACGUUUACGACAUCAAGGGUUUUCCCUGCGAUUUGACGUCACGUCGGUGUACCCACGCAAUUAACCACGCUGUUAAGACAUUUGUUGAAAGUUUAUUAGAAAGAAGAAAGAAACAAAGCAAUUUGUAGCGCUUUUUAUUUGUUUUGUGUUACUUAGCUGAUGUUUUGUUCUACUUUUGUUUAAUUUUAAUUCAUGAGUGGGACGAAAUGAAAAAUAAUGGCGGCCGAAUGGCAGAAAUCACUGAGGCAUCAGAAAAAAUUAAGAAGACCGAGGCUCUGUUUUUCCAUCGUCAUUACCUUUGAUUUCGCAUAAGUUAACAAUGUGUAUCAUAACAUUUUACAGCAUUAAGCAAUUACGCUUCUUUAAUACAUUCACCAACAUAAAGUUGGCAAGAAAAAUGUUUUGUGAAUAAAAUUGAACUAUGUCCAUGUUGAAUAAAUUAGCGAAUCAGUGUAUACAACUUAAAUAGGAUGAUUCAUGAAAACGAAAUAUGUACAUCUAAGUUGAAUAAAUACAAAAU